AUGCAAUUUCAGCUGACCUUUAUUCUACAACUUGGCUGGCUCAGUUACUUAGGAGCUCCAGACGAAUGCAGCAGGGGUACCUGCCAUCCUGCCCCUGGGAAUCUCCUUGUGGGACGCAGCGCACAACUUACAGCAUCUUCUACUUGUGGACUGAAUGGAGCUCAGAAAUAUUGCAUCCUCAGCUACCUGGAGGGGGAACAAAAAUGCUUUGUCUGUGACUCCCGAGCCCCGUAUGAUGCCCACACCCAGCCCAACAGCCACACCAUUGAGAAUGUAAUUACGAGUUUUGCACCAGACCGAGAAAAGAAAUGGUGGCAAUCUGAAAAUGGUCUUGACCAUGUCAGCAUCAGAUUGGACCUGGAGGCACUGUUCCAAUUCAGCCACCUCAUUCUGACCUUUAAGACUUUUCGGCCUGCUGCAAUGUUAGUAGAACGUUCUACGGACUUUGGGCACACGUGGAAAGUGCUCAAAUAUUUUGCAAAAGACUGUAUGGCCUCCUUUCCUGGCAUCAACGCUGGCCAGGCCCAAGGAGUGGAAGACCUGGUUUGCGACUCCAGAUACUCAGAUACUGAACCCUCCACUGGUGGCGAGGUUGUUUUAAAAGUUCUGGAUCCCAGUUUUGAAAUAGAAAACCCUUACAGCCUCCAUAUCCAGGACCUUGUAACAUUAACAAACUUGAGGAUAAACUUCACCAAGCUCCAUACCCUUGGGGACACUUUACUUGGAAGGAAACAAAAUGAUUCCUUUGAUAAAUAUUACUAUGCUCUGUAUGAGAUGGUCAUUCAGGGAAGCUGUUUUUGCAAUGGUCACGCCAGUAAAUGCAACCCUCAGAAUGUGCAGGGAGAUUUUUUCAGUCCUCCUGGAAUGGUUCAUGGUCACUGCGUCUGUCAGCACAAUACAGAAGGCCCCAACUGUGAGAGGUGCAAGGACUUCUUCCAGGAUGCCCCUUGGAGGCCAGCUGUAGGCCCCCAGGACAGCACUUGCAGAUCCUGCAACUGCAAUGGCCACUCUGAGCGCUGCCACUUCGACAUGGCUGUGUACCUGGCUAGUGGAGGCCUCAGCGGGGGCGUGUGUGAGGAGUGUGAGCACCACACCGAGGGCCAGCACUGUGAUCGCUGCAGACCCCUUUUCUACAGAGACCCCCUCAAGCCCAUCUCGGACCCCAAUGCAUGCCUUUCUUGUGAAUGUGACCCUGAUGGGACUAUAUCUGGUGGCAUUUGUGUGAGCCACUCUGAUCCUGCCACAGGGUCUGUGGCUGGCCAGUGCCUGUGCAAGCAGAAUGUGGAAGGAGCCAAGUGCGACCAGUGCAAACCCAACCACUUUGGACUGAGGGGCUCAGAUCCCCAGGGCUGCCAAGCCUGCAACUGCCACCCCCUUGGGAGUCUGCCACUCUCCACCUGUGAUGUGGAUACAGGCCAAUGCUUGUGCCAGGCUCAUGUCACCGGACCUCGCUGCGAAGAGUGCACUGUUGGAUACUGGGGACUUAGGGACCACCUCCACAGAUGUUCUCCCUGCGACUGUGAUAUUGGAGGUGCUUAUUCUAAUGUGUGCUCACCCAAGGAUGGGCAGUGUGAGUGCCGCCUGCAUGUCACCGGUCGCACCUGCACAGAGCCUGCCCCUGGUUACUUCUUCGCUCCUUUGAAUUUCUAUCUUUAUGAAGCAGAGGAAGCUACACCACUCCAAGGACUUGCACCUUUGCAAUAUACAUUCCUGUCUGUGACUCUUGGCCAGGUGUCUGCUGUUCACAUUGUUUUUCGAGAGCCGGUUUCUGGGAGCCCUGUUACAUGGACUGGACCUGGAUUUGCCAGGGUUCUCCCUGGAGCUGGCCUGAGAUUUGCUGUCAACAACAUUCCUUUUCCCAUGGACUUCACCAUAGCUGUUCGCUAUGAAACCCAGUCUGCAGCUAACUGGGCCGUCCAGGUGAUAGUCAGCACCCCUGGAGGGAGCAAGCACUGCAUACACAAGACACCACAGCAAGUGCCUUCAGCUUUUUCCUUACCAGCAGCUGCCAGAAUCAUGCUGCUUCCCACACCCAUCUGUUUAGAACCAGAUAUGCCAUAUUUCAUAGACCUCUAUUUUUCUCAGCCUUUGGAAGGAGAGUCCUACGCUCACUCCCACAUCCUGGUUGACUCUCUUGGCCUCAUCCCCCACACCAAUUCACUGGAGGAUUUCUGUGGCGAGCAGGAUAUGGGAGUGUAUCAGCUACAAAACUGUGUUGAAAUUGCCUCGGGAGUGGGACCUCAAGUGCUCCCAGGUCCGUGUGAAAGACUCUUGGUUAGCAUGUCUGCCCAGCUGCAUGAUGGGGCAGUAGCCUGCAGAUGUCACCCUGAGGGUGCAGUUGAGUCCAGCUGCAGCCGACUUGGAGGCCAGUGCCAAUGUAAACCUCAUGUGACAGGGCGCUGCUGUGACAGGUGCUCAGCUGGGAGCUUUGGUUUUGGGCCUCACGGCUGUCAUGCAUGUCACUGCCAUCCUCAAGGCUCCAAGAACACAGUGUGUGAUCAGAUAAGUGGCCAGUGUUCCUGUCACGGAGAUGUGGCUGGCCGCCGUUGUGAUCAGUGCCUGGCGGGCUACUUCGGAUUUCCCAGAUGCCGCCCUUGCCCUUGCAAUGGGUUUACUGAACUUUGCGAUCCCGACACAGGGUCCUGCAUCAAUUGUGGAGGCUUUACAACCGGAAGAAACUGUGAGAGGUGCAUUGAUGGUUACUAUGGAAAUCCUUCUUUAGGACAAUCCUGUCGUCCUUGCCUGUGUCCAGAUGUCCCCUCAAGUAAUCAGUAUUUUGCCCACUUCUGUCAGCAGAAUCCUUGGAGCUCAGAUAUAACCUGCAAUUGUAUUCAAGGUUAUGCAGGUGUUCAGUGUGGAGAAUGUGCUCCUGGUUUCUAUGGUAACCCAAGAGUUUUGGGAGCACUCUGCCAGCCCUGUGCCUGCAACAACAACAUAGAUGUAACAGACAUGGAAUCCUGCAACCAGGUGACAGGGGAGUGCCUCAAAUGUCUGCACAACACACAGGGCCCACACUGCCAGCUCUGCAAACCAGGUCACUUUGGAUCUGCCCUCAAUCAGACCUGCAGAAGAUGCUCCUGCCAUCCUUCCGGAGUGAGUCCCACUGCAUGUCUCCUUGAUGGGGGUGCCUGCCUCUGCGAUCCUAUCACCGGAGCAUGCCCUUGUCUGCCACACGUCACAGGCCUGGCCUGUGACCAUUGCGCUGAUGGAUACUGGAAUCUGGUCCCUGACAGAGGGUGUGAGUCAUGCAACUGUGACCCCAAGACCUCUCAAAGCAGCAUCUGUGACCAGGUUACGGGCCAGUGUCAGUGCAAACCAGGCCAUAGUGGAAUACACUGCAAUGAGUGUGAGGAAAAUUAUUACAGUGAUCCAUCUGGGCAAUGUGCUCCAUGUAAUUGCAACAAGGAAGGGACCCAGAAGCCUCUCUGUGACCCAGACACUGGCAUGUGCCACUGUCGGGAGGGUGUCAGCGGCCAACAGUGUGACCGCUGCGCCCGGGGUCAUGGCCAGGGAUUCCCCGCUUGUCUUCGAUGUCACUUAUGCUUUGAUCAAUGGGACCCCACCGUUUCUUCCCUCUCCAAAGCAGUGCAAGGGUUAAUUGAGCUGGUUACUAACAUGGAAGAUAAAAGAGAGACCCUGCCUGACUGUGAGGUGGACUUCAAAGUCCUCAGAGCGAACAUGUCUACCAUAGAGAAGAUUUUGAAACAUCCUGCUUUAUCAUCUGGGGAAUUGUUGAAAGCCAAAGAUUAUUAUGAGUCUGUGAGGAAACAAAUCAUGCAGUUAAGUGAACAAUUAAAAACAGUACACGAGUUUCAAGAUCUGAGAGAAAUCACAGCAAGAUUAAGGAAUGAAACAGACAUCUUGCUUGAAAAUCUUCAGGAGGAAAUCAAUAUGCAGUCCAGAGCCCUUAAUGCAAGCAUCAUGGAUGCCUCAGAAAACAUCAAGAAAUUUUACAACAUAUCAACAACUGCUGAAAUGAAAACUAAUGAAAGUAGCUCCAUCGUAAAUAACUCUGAAAAUACCAGGAUCAGCUCACUUACUGUUUUAGAGACACUGACCUCAAAAGAAAACUUGUUGGAAAAAUUAAAGCAGAUUAAGAUACCAGAUAUCCAAGUAUUGAAUGAAAAGGUGUGCGGGGAGCCAGGAAACUUGUCAUGCAGUCUCUCGCCAUGUGGGGGCGCUCUCUGCACAGGCCCGGAAGGGCACAGACGGUGUGGUGGUCCCAGCUGUCAUGGCGCUCUGACCCUCUCAACUAAGGCCUUCCAGAAAGCCCGGGAAGCAGAGUCUAUGACUCAUAAUUUGGACAGUCAGGUUCAAGGGAUGAAGAAUCAGAUCAGAAAUUUUAGUAAACUGGCAGAAUUCUUCAAAAACAACACCUUACAGCUAAGUGACAAACUGGAGGACAGGAGAAACCAAAGUGAAUUUGAGGAAGGAAAAAUGAAUCUUUUAAUCAAAAGAGUGAACAACUUUGUGCUAGAGGAAAGCGCACCUGCGGAAGACAUAGAGAAGGUUGUAAACCGUGUGCUUGGCAUCCACCUUCCAAUAACAUCACAAAAUCUAACCCACGUCCCUGACAAAAUACAGAAACUUACGCAACUCUGUGAGGACCACAAGAAAGAUGAAGGGAGGCUAAAAAAGGCAGCAGAUGAAGCCCACAAGCUUCUGGAGAAGGCCAAAGCUGCUGAGAAAGCAGCAGAUGGUCUUUUAAGACUUGAUGAAACACUGAACACGUUGCAACAAGCUCAAAUCACUCAAGGCCAGGCCAACUCAGCUCUGACACAGCUGACUGCUGAACUGGCACACGUAAAGAAAGGCGUGCUGCAGGCUGAAAAUCAAGGCAAAGAAAUAAAGAAUCAGCUGUACCUAGCAGAGCAACAGUUUGAGCUGGAGGAUGAACUCUCCCUGCUGUGGACCAAGUGGCACAGGAACCAGGAACAAGCAGGCAGGGCGAACGUUCAGGCUGAGUCUGCCAGUCACCAGGCUCGGGGCGCUGAGAAGGCGUUUGUGGAGCUGAGGAAGCAGCAUGCUAUUCUUCAACAUAAGACAAGGACCAUGGGACUGACAAAGGAAACCUUAGGAAGAAUGAAACAACUCCAAGAUGCUGCUAAGAAACUGGCUGGAGAUACAGAGGACAAGAUACAAAGGAUAACAGAUUUAGAAAAGAAGAUAGAAGAUUUGAAUCUAACCAGACAAGAAAAAGCUGAUCAACUGAAACAUCUGGAAGAUCAAGUUGUCACCAUUAAAAAUGAAAUUGCCGAGCAAGAGAAGAAAUAUGCCACCUGCUAUAAUUAGGCAAAGUUCAAAUGCAGAAGCUGGGCCUAUGUUUAUGGCAUUUGAUGCACAGUGCUGAACUAAGUGAACACUACAGCCACCUCCUCAUCGACCCUCACCUGCUCUUCACCAUGGACCUGCUCAGUGCACCUGGAGGGAGGCA